AUGGUGUAUUUACGGAAGGAUGAGAAGGAGUAUGCACUGAAACAGAUAGAAGGCACUGGUAUUUCCAUGUCUGCCUGCAGGGAAAUUGCUUUGCUGAGAGAGUUAAAGCACCCAAAUGUCAUCGCCCUGCAGAAAGUAUUUCUCUCUCACAGUGACCGCAAAGUCUGGCUCCUGUUUGACUAUGCUGAGCAUGACCUGUGGCACAUCAUAAAAUUUCAUCGCGCAUCAAAGGCCAACAAGAAACCCAUGCAGCUACCGAGGGGGAUGGUGAAGUCUCUGCUUUACCAAAUCUUAGACGGCAUCCAUUACCUGCAUGCCAACUGGGUCCUGCACAGAGAUCUGAAACCUGCCAAUAUCCUGGUCAUGGGGGAAGGCCCAGAGCGAGGAAGAGUCAAAAUUGCUGAUAUGGGUUUUGCCCGACUCUUUAACUCUCCACUGAAGCCUUUGGCCGAUCUGGACCCAGUGGUCGUCACAUUCUGGUACCGAGCACCCGAACUACUGCUCGGGGCGAGACACUACACCAAAGCAAUCGAUAUUUGGGCAAUAGGCUGUAUCUUUGCUGAGCUGUUGACGUCAGAACCAAUCUUCCAUUGCCGACAAGAAGACAUAAAGACCAGCAAUCCUUUCCAUCACGACCAGUUAGAUCGCAUAUUCAGCGUCAUGGGCUUCCCAGCAGACGUAACUCAGACAACAAAGCAACAUAUUCAGUUGUACUUCUGGAUUGUCACGAAAUUGCUUACUAUGGACCCCACCAAAAGAAUCACUUCUGAGCAGGCACUGCAGGACCCAUAUUUCCUGGAGGAUCCCUUACCUACGUCUGAUGUAUUUGCAGGAUGUCAGAUUCCCUACCCCAAACGAGAGUUUCUAAGUGAGGAUGAACCAGAGGAGAAAACAGAGAAGACGCAGCAGCACCAGCAGACGGCUGCACAGACGCAGACACAAACGCAGACACAGCAGGCUCCAACACAGCAAAGCUCAGCGCAGACAAACGGCACAUCAGGCACUGCAGGGGCCAACACGGGCCCCUCCAUACAGCAUGGACAGGAACAGGGGCCACCAAACAAAAAACCUCGGACCUCAGGAACCAGUGUUCUUCAAACAGACUACCAGCACUCCAGCUCGCGUCUUGGUUACCAGAGCACUGUCCAAGGCUCUACCCAGUCGCAAAGCACUAUGGGAUACUCGUCCUCAUCUCAGCACUCUCAUCAGUCUCAUCGAUACUGAGACUCAAAAACAUACAUAAGCACUUAAAAGAAAUAUUAACCACAAGCAUAAAGCCAGGCAAGUCAGCGUUGUGUAAUUCAAAAAUGAAUUGCUGGGUCUGUCCCGUAAUAUGGCCCCAACAUAAACAUAAAACCCAAGUUUAUUCCCUUACAAAGCCGCCUGCCAUCCCACAAUCCUCAGCAAAUGCUACUCCAACCAAAGCACAACUUUACAAUCCCUUUCUUUCGAUCAGAGCUCCUCAAAAGAAGCAGAGCCAUAACUGGGCAUUUUCCUCAAUAUCUCAACAGUUUUUCAAUAUACUGUAUUAAAACUUCCACCAGCUCCAACACCAACCAUACCGAAGAGUCUGCUGGCUGUUUAGCAUCUUUAAUGCUUAUUCAUUCUUAUUUUACCACCGUUAGACCAAAACAGUCUCAAAAUGAUCAGCCAAAUGCUAUUCGGGUCAUAGCUACAGAUAGAAGUGACAUGAGGCUUGUUACAAUUGGUCAUUAAAGGGUUAGUUCACCCAAAAAUGAAAAUUAGCCCACAAAUUACUCACCCUCAA